GUCUCGUACUGAAACCCGAGAAUUUGAUCUUUGGCUUGCCCUCUUUUGGAGGAGCCGUCAUGGUGUGCCUCUUCGUAUAAAUCCACAGUGUUUCCUCCCCGGAUCCACAAAGUAAAUCAAAAGCUAUGGCAUCUGACACCUCGUCGAACACGUCCAAGCGUGAGUCUCGUGACCUCAAUGGGAGUGUAUAUCUCAUCAGCUCCGAUGGUCGCGUUCUCAGCUUACCAAUUCCAACGAGGUCUCAUCGAGACCCUCUGAAUUGGAGUGCGAGGAAGCGUGCUGGUGCCGUUCUUGCUUUACUCUUCUACUCUGUGACCGGCCUUGUGGUGGUUCAAGGCCCCAGUUUGAUGUUCAAGCCUUUGGCAAUAGAGUUCACUCUAGAAGAAACCAAACCAUUUCCCCUCACCGCACUUCUAUCAGCACCCACGCUGUUCAUGGGAUUUGGCGCGUUUCUGUGGAUUCCACUUACAUUAGCCCUUGGCAGACGACCUGUCUUCCUUCUUUGUACAGUCCUUCUGACACUGUCAACCAUAUGGGCUGGAAUAGCAGGUAGCUUUUAUCAGAUGUUGGCAGCGACUUGUCUACAAGGUCUCGCAGAAGGGUUUUCAACAAGCACAAUCUUGCUCAUGAUUAUCGACUUGACCUUCAUUCAUCAACGCCCUCAAGCGAUCGCGAUGGUUUGGUCUGUUGUCGGUUUCAUAACAGGCUCCAUCUUCUCUCUGGUCCCGCAGAUGACGAAUGCUGGCACGAAUUGGAGAUCAUUCUAUCUCAUCUGGAUCAUUCCGUGCAGUAUUUCCAUCGUCCUCGCCUUUUUUCUGUUUCCGGAAACGUACUUCAUUCGCCCAGCCCUCGCCUUUGAUGGACGCAUCGUCGUCCAAGGUGCCACUGAAAAAGUUGAAAUUUACGAAUCAUGGGAAGAGGUUCCUGGUGGAAAGGAACUCCCCGACACCCCAGGCCAGAAUGUCUGGGGAUACACAAACAGCGAGCUGCGCAUAUGGGGCAAAACGAGGGGUGGUUGGACCUCCAUGUUCGCCUGCUAUCCACAAGUCUUUCUCUGUCUGAUCAAUCCCUUGGUCUUUUGGGUUGCUUUACUCUCGGCUCUUGUCUUAGCCUGCAUGUUAUCAAUCGGAGAAACCUAUGCAGCUGUCCUCAGCGCGCCACCCUAUUCCCUCCCAAUCCACGUCACAGCCUUGGUGAACUUGGCUGGUGCGGUGGGCUCGUUGAUCGCUUGGCCUGCUUCCGGAAUACUGAUCUCGUGGAUCUCCCGCCGCCUUGCAAUAAACAAUCGUGGUGUUCGAGAUGCUGAACACUAUCUCCCAGCAUUUAUUCUACCCGUGCUCGGUGCUGUCGCCAGCGUGGUACUUUAUGGUUUGACAGCUGAAUGGAAAUGGAAUUCGAUUUGGGUCUAUGUUUCGUAUGCCUUGAACAGCUUCGCUUUUGCAAGCUUAGCCACAGCAAGCACUCUUUGGAUCACAGAAGCUUUUCCUCGUUGGGCUGCUCCUGCCGUCGUAGUUGUCUUUGGAUUGAGCUACAUGGCGAGCUUUGGAUUAAGUUUCAGUAUCAUGCCUUGGGUCCAGUCUCAAGGAUACGCUGGAUCCAAUAUUGAGCUUGGGCUGAUGAUCUUGAUCGUUGGUUGUAUUGGGAUGCCUGUUGCAUUUUGGGGGAAGAGGCUUCGACAGUACAUCCAUGGGAAGUACGCGUUUCAUGAGGAAGGUGCAUUGAGGCCACACUGAUGGCCAUGAAGAGAUAUACUUUUGAUUUACAACAUGUCUUCCUUCUCUGUCUUCACUUCAACUCUCAAGCUUAAGCUCUAUACUCAUUCUGUACAUACAUCUCGUGUACUUAAGUCUGGCUCAAGGAAAAGUCCUUUGAUAUUGGGUGAUCCCUCAUAUCCUGGUUCUACAUCUACCUUUUCUCCGAAGUCAUCGUCUCCCUGACGGAGAGAAGGCUUAGUUAUGUCCAAUUUGAGGAAUAAUUCAGGGGCGUUCAUCAGCGGGUGA